GCAGGAGGAGGAAAGUGGAGCUGAGGCAGGUAUUUGUGGUUUACUUUUGAGACUGACUGAAGAAGGAUGGAGGAAGAGGAGGACAGAGCAGAGGCUGCAGGAUCCAUCUGUCCGUCUAUGAAGAAGGACCAGUCCAAAGAUGAACCUCCAGACUUCAGUGAUGGACCAACAAAAGUUCAGAGGUCACAGUCAACAGGAUCCAGCUGUCCAUCUGUGAGGAGUGAUGGGUCCAAAUAUGAACCUCCAGUCUUUAGUGAUGGAGCAACAAAGUGCUUCAAUAAUGGGUCUCAGCUCACAGCAGAGAGGAAGAGGAGCGGGGUCUGUGUGGAGGAGCGGCCAUCUUGCUGUGCUUCCUGUCAGGACGUCCUGAAGGAUCCGGUCUCUACCAGCUGUGGACACUGGUUCUGCAGACAGUGCAUCUCCUCAUACUGGGACCAGUCUGCAUCAUCAGGAGACUCCUCCUUUCUCCAGUGUGGACAAAGACCCAGAACCAAUGCUGGACUGCAGACAGCCAGUCUGAGCAGCUGUGGACAAAUGGAUGCUGGUCUGCAGGAGGUUUUAGAGGAACAUAAGAUCAGUCUGAGGAGGAGAUGUGAACGUGUGACUGAAGGAAGUGAUCAAACAGGAAGCAGAACCCUCCUGAACAGGAUCUACACUGAGCUCUACAUCACAGAGGGACAGAGUGAAGAGGUUCAUACCCAACAUGAGGUGAUGCAGCUGAAGACAGCUUCCAAGAUGGACGUCCUCCAUGACAGACCAAUCAGGUGCCACGACAUCUUUAAAGCCUUCCCUGACCAACAGAGACCCAUCAGAGUGGUUCUGACCAACGGCGUCGCUGGUGUUGGAAAAACCUUCUCAGUGCAGAAGUUUGUUCUGGACUGGGCAGAGGGCUUGGAGAACCAACAUGUCAGUGUGGUGAUGCUGCUUUCAUUCAGGGAGCUGAACCUGAUCAGAGAUCAGCAGUACAGUCUUCUGGAGCUGCUCCAUGUUUUCCAUCCAACAUUACAGAAGGUCCUAGCAGAGAAGCUCGCUGUCUGGAAGCUUCUGUUCAUCUUUGACGGCCUGGAUGAAAGCAGACUUUCAUUGGAUUUCACCAACAGGAAGCUCGUGUCUGAUGUCACACAGAAGUCAUCAGUCAGCGAGCUGCUGACAAACCUCAUCGAGGGGAAGCUGCUUCCCUCGGCUCUCGUCUGGAUAACUUCCCGACCUGCAGCAGCCAAUCAGAUCCUUCCUAGAUGUGUGGACAGGCUGACAGAAGUACGAGGCUUCACAGACGCCCAGAAGGAGGAGUACUUCAGGAGGAGAUUCAGUGAUGAAGAGCUGUCCAGCAGAAUCAUCUCCCACAUGAAGACAUCCAGGAUCCUCCACAUCAUGUGCAGAAUCCCAGUCUUCUGCUGGAUCACUGCUACAGUUCUGGAGCACAUGUUGACCACAGAGCAGAGAGGAGAGCUGCCCAAGACCCUGACUGACAUGUACUCACACUUCCUGCUGGUUCAGACAAAGAGGAAGAAGAACAAGUACCAUGAGGGACAUGAGACGAGUCCACAGGAGCUGACGGAGGCUGACAGAGAAGUUCUUCUGAAGCUGGGGAGGCUGGCGUUUGAACAUCUGGAGAAAGGAAACAUCAUAUUCUACCAAGAAGACCUGGAGCAGUGUGGUCUGGAUGUGACAGAGGCCUCGGUGUACUCAGGAGUUUGUACAGAGAUCUUCAAAAGAGAGUGUGUGAUCUUCCAGAAACCAGUCUACAGCUUUGUUCAUCUGAGCAUUCAGGAGUUUCUGGCUGCAGUCUACAUGCUUUAUUGUCACACUAACAGGAAUACAGACGUGUUAAAGGCAUUCCUGGAAAAUGAUCAGCAUCAUUAUCAUUAUAUCUCAUUUGUGGAUGAUUUCCUCAUGAGAGUCAUGAAGAAAUCCCUCCAGAGUAAAAAUGGCCACCUGGACCUGUUUGUUCGCUUUCUUCAUGGCCUCUCUCUGGAGUCCAACCAGAAACUCUUAGGAGGCCUGCUGGGUCAGACUGACAAUAUUCCAGAAACCAUCCAGAGAGUCAUUGACAGCCUGAAGGAGAUGAACAGUGAUGAAAUUUCUCUUGACAGGAGCAUCAACAUCUUCUACUGUCUGAUGGAGAUGAAUGACCUCUCGUUACUUCAGGAGGUCCAAAAGUUCCUGAAAUCUGAGAACAGAGAGAAAAUCUCUGAUAUCCAAAGCUCAGCUCUGGCCUACAUGCUACAGAUGUCAGAAGAGGUUCUGGAUGAGUUGGACCUGCAGAAGUACAAUGCAUCAGAGCAGGGACGACUGAGACUGAUUCCAGCUGUGACGAACUGCAGAAAAGCUCGAAUGACUCACUGUGAACUCUCAGAGACUCACUGUGAAAUUGUGGUGUCAGCUCUGAAGUCCAACCCCUCCCAUCUGAUAGAGCUGGAAAUUAUUUACAACAACCUGCAGGAUUCAGCAGUGAAGCUUCUGUGUGCUGGUCUGCAGAGUCCAAACUGUCGACUGGAGACUCUGAGACUGGGGGAUUGUGGAUUGUCAGAGAUCAGCUGUGAUUAUCUGGCAGCAGCUCUGAAGUCCAACCCCUCCUAUCUGAGAGAGCUGGACCUGGGUGGAAACAAGCUGCAGGAUUCAGGAGUGAAGCAUCUGUGUGGUUUUCUGGAGAGUCCACGAUGUGUUCUUGAAACUCUGAGAUUGAUGAACUGUGGUUUGUCAAAGAUCAGCUGUGAUUAUCUGGCAGCAGCUCUGAAGUCCAACCCCUCCCAUCUGAGAGAGAUGAUCAUAUGGGGAAAUAAGCUGCAGGAUCCAGAUGUGAAGCAGCUGUCUGAUCUUAAGGAGAGUCCACACUGCAGACUGGAGAAAGUGAGGUGGUGAGGAUGAUAAACAGGACGGUGUGUGUGCUGAGAGAGGAGGAGCUGUGUCCUGAUGAUCCAGAGAGGUUGAAGCAGCAGAAGCUUGUGUGCAGAGACGCUCUGACUGGGCCAUGUUACUGGGAGGUGGAGUGGAGAGGAGAGCUUCAUCCAGCAGUGACUGACAGAGGAAUGAGAAGAAGUGCAGAUGACUGUCAGUGCUGCAGAGUGAACUGCUCCCGGAGAGAGCCUCAAGGCUGGCUAAGGGAGCGGAAUUCCUAAUAAUGCAGAUGUUUUGGAACAGACUGCCUUUUUGUUUUCACAACAGCCUUCAGUUCUCUGUCAGUUCACCCCCUGCCUCACCAUGCCGCUGCCGCUGGCACUGCGGUUGGUCACCCAAACUGCCUCUUCAGCUCCAUGAACUGCUAUUUGUCUGCUGUGGUGUCCAUAACAGACCCCCCUGAACUGUUUUGUCUCGUCCCCCAUGUUUGCCUUUGGACCAGCCUGGUGCUGCCGCCUUUUGUAUCCUUCUUGUGAGGUAUUGUGAUUGAUAACAGUCUUUGCUUCAAGUCACAUAUUGACCACCUGUUAAAGAAACUGAGGCUGAAACUGGGUUCUUGUUCAGAAACAGAUCAUGUUUCCCUUUUGCUGCAAGGAAAAAACUUGUUGCUGCCAUUUUUUUUACCCCACCUGGACUAUGGUGAUAUAAUUUAUAUGAAUGCCCCUGCUCCUUCUCUCUGCCAGCUGGACUCAGUUUAUCAUGGGGCAUUAAGAUUCAUAACUGGCUGUAAACCCCUAACACACCACUGACCUCACACAGGAUGGUUCAUUGGUUUCAUUUUAUCUAUAAAUCUGUUUUUGGUUUAGUCCCUUCCUAUUCAUCAAACUACAUGCUAUGUAAACAAAGUAGUCACAAUCUGCGUUCUCAGAAAUUUAUUACCUUCGUUGUUCCAUCAGUUCGUACAGAGCUCGGAAAAAAGUCUUUCUCCUUUCCUGCUCCAUCUUCAUGGAACACACUACAGAAGAACCUGCAGCUCUCCCAAAUGAUCUAACCCACUGACUUUAAAAUACUUACAAACAAUUCUGUUACAUCAUCAUUGGGACCUUGUUCUUCUUUUAUAUGACUAUGUAAACAUUUGGCAUUUUACUUCCUAUUUAUUGUAUUAUUCUAUUGUUGUAAAUUUAUGAUGUUUUGAAACUGGUCUCUCUUGCAAACGAGACACUGAGUCUC